GACUCAUGGCAGCCCAGCUCCAGGUUGUGCUGUUAGAAGACCACAGGGAAGAACACGUUUUCUUGCCGCAGAAGUUGCAAUAGAAAAUCUGUGAAGUUUUGAAAGGGCCAAUGAGUGUUCUCAUCAUCGAGGCAUUCUAUGGAGGGUCCCAUAAACAGCUGGUGGAUCUGCUCCAAGAAGACUUGGAAAACUGUGUCCUUUAUACCCUCCCUGCAAAGAAGUGGCAUUGGAGAGCCCGGACUUCGGCUUUGUACUUCUCUCAGAAUAUUCCUAUGAGUGAGCAUUACAGGAUCCUCUUUGCGAGCGCUGUGCUUAACCUGACUGAACUGGUUGCCCUUCGGCCUGACCUUGGGAAAUUGAAAAAGAUUCUGUACUUCCACGAGAACCAAUUGGUAUAUCCUGUCAAGAAAUGUCAGGAGAGGGAUUUCCAAUAUGGAUACAACCAAAUUCUCUCAUGCCUGGUAUCUGAUGUGGUGGUAUUCAACUCCGUUUUCAAUAUGGAGUCAUUUCUCACUAAUAUUGGAAAAUUUAUGAAGCUGAUUCCUGAUCACAGACCCAGGGAUCUGGAAAGCAUCAUCAGACCCAAGUGCCAAGUUAUUUACUUUCCCAUCAGGUUUCCUGAUGUGAGCAGAUUCAUGCCCAAGCACAAAAUGCGCCAUUUACAGAAGAUGCUCAGCCUUAAAGAAAAUGGCAAUGCAGCUUCAACCAUGGUCCUUCCCUUCAAACGGGAGCAGGGAAGUCCUGAGAAUUUAUUGAAGAAUUUUGAUGCAGAGUCUGGGCCUUGUGAUGCUGCACAACAAGAAAACCUGGGCAGCUCAGUCAUGCAGGAGUCAUCCCUGAAAAUGUGCCCCUCGUCAAAUAAAUCAAGCUCUCAUCGUUGGCAAAGUGAACAAAAUCCACUUGACAGUUUGAUUGGAGGUGAUGAUCAACCAAGACCACUGCACAUUGUCUGGCCUCAUCGGUGGUAAGUUUAAGGCACACCAAUUUAGUACGAGUCAUAGAACUCGUAAUAGAAGAUCUAUUCUGACGGCUGACUUAGUAAUUCAUUGUUGCUUUAGCCUUAGCAAAAGAUCAGUUUAGUGUGGCUGUACUACUAAUGGGGUAUCGAUAUGUUUCUAUACAUAGUUGUGUACUUGAAUUCAAUUUGAAUUUUUGAAUUACAGAUAAUUAUUUGUAGUGAUUUUCUCAACUAACAGCACAUAGCUAAGCACUUCUAGGAAAUCAAAUCUUGUUCAAGAAGUUUCAAAGUAUAACAGUAAGAUUAUACACACACACACACACACACACACACACACGUGCUGUCAUUACGAAACUAUUUCAUAUAUACACAUUGCUAAAACAGUAUUACUAUUAAAACAAAAACAAUUUCCAUUAUAUACUGAUUUGACCAGUUUCAACUGGUGCCUUUCUUUCUCUUGUAAUAUGUAUCAAUGCAUUUGAAACAAUUCACCAUCUCCCAAAUGCCUCUGUAUUGUGCCAAGCAAAAUACUUUCUAGCAGAAUCUUUUCUAAACAGAGGAAAAUCAACUGCAACAUAUAAUUGCUCCAAAUAUAAACUCACGAACUUAACCCUGGCUCCUAUAAAUUAGGAUUUAAAGAGGUAAAAUGUCCUGAUAAUCUUCUGGUAUUAGGCACGAACAUUUUAAUCUAGUUUUUAUUCCUCCCAGUUAGUUUAAUCUGCAUGUGGCCUGAUUAGAGU